GAUUCAUAUGCGACAGAAUUUUGUAAUGUCCCAGAGGUAUACAGUAGCUGUUCACUUUCAAUAAGUCUAUUUUCACCAGUUACAUCCAUUCAAGUUGAUUUGCAGGGCGCUUGCUAACAUGAUAGUUGGCCGUUAUCAUCAUCCUAUGAGGACACUCGCUCAUUAAGUCUACAUUAGUUCCAGUUUCUUCCCAGCAUUUACAGAAAGAGUGGGACACUACUGAAUUUGAAGACCAAACCACCCCUGUUCUGUUAGCACAGAUGUAUUGAUACCCGUUCUGGAGGGUCCCACUUUUCUGUGAUUGGAUGUGUUUGGGUGGUGCUGAAGUGUUCUUGUGCUCUCUCAGACUCUCUGGGCCUGCGGAGUAAAGUCAUGAAGAAGAUCGAGGAGUUGAAAAUGGCACCGGUCUCUAACUGCACUCCUGACGAGUACCUCUGUCCAAUCACACGUGAGAUCAUGAAGGACCCAGUGAUCGCUGCCGACGGCUACUCGUAUGAAAGGGAGGCCAUUGAGAGCUGGAUCAACACGAAGAGCCGCACCAGCCCUAUGACCAACCUGCCCCUGCAGACCACACUUCUGACACCCAACCGUACUCUCAAAAUGGCCAUUUUACGAUGGACCACUUGUCAGUGAUUUCAGAUUAUAAUGAGCCCAGAACAGAAGUCUCUCUAGAACUGGAUCACCAUGGCACUGAUUUGAGAUCAGACUGACAU